AGGGGAUUAAUAAGAGACUGCAGACAGUACAGGGGAUGACCAAGAGACUGCAGACAGUACAGGGGAUGACCAAGAGACUGCAGACAGUACAGGGGAUGACCAAGAGACUGCAGACACUACAGCGGAUGACCAAGAGACUGCAGAUAGUACAGCGGAUGACCAAGAGACUGCAGACAGUACAGCGGAUGACCAAGAGACUUCAGACAGUACAGGGGAUAACCAGAGACUGCAGACAGUACAGCGGAUGACCAAGAGACUGCAGACACUACAGCGGAUGACCAAGAGACUGCAGACAGUACAGGAGAUGACCAGAGACUGCAGACAGUACAGGGGAUGACCAAGAGACUGCGGACCUUUGGGGAGGGAGGGGGACUGCGGGAAUACCGGACCGGCCAGUCCAUA